CUCUUGAGCUUGUGAGCAAAUGUUACCUUCGGAUCAGUCGUCAACGGUUUUCCAUUAGUCGUACUGAAAGUUUGAACACAUUAAUGGCGUCGUUUGGUUGACGCCUUGAUAGCGUCUUUCCAAAAAUGGUGAAUAAAUUGUGCUUCAAAAAAUUGCUCAGAUUGCCGGGCACACUGUCUACCACAUGUUCUAUCAGAGAGUAUUUGAGCAUCAAAGGUUGCUUGGUUUGAAAUUGGUUCCCAAGUUAAAACUUGCUCACAUUUGGCCAUCAACCUGGCAGAGAAUGACGGUAAGCUUGGCCACACAGCUGUACUCCAAACAUAUGGCCAUGGCUUUAAAAUUUUUAAGAGAAGACCAAAAAACAGCGCAUUUAUUCAAUGGAUCGGAAGCUACAGAAAAGCUUACAAAGCUUAUUAAUGACACAUUUGACAUUAUGAAUGGACGACACAAGGGUGAGUCAAUUAAUGGGAACAACUGGAAUAAUUUAGUCGAAAUGGAGGGAAAGGUAACAAAGGGGAAAAAAUCUGUACUCGAAGACAUGCUAAAAAUAAUAGAGUUAACUGAGGAGUGCCAUCGCAAUCCUGGAAAACGUCCAAUAAUGGCCGCAUUUGCGUCAGAUACGACUCUAGAUGGCUGGCGCUUGUCUAUCCGUAGCACCAUUGUCUUGACAGAAGAGUUAUUGAAUCCAAAAAACCCUUUAGAGAAAUACGAUUUCGUACUGACAGCAAAAUGGAACCAAGACGCCUUAGAGAUGACUUUUGGGCGCAUACGUUCAGUCGAUACACAUCCAACGGCUGCAAGUUUUCUACAUAUUAUCAGGAUGAUGUCAUUGUACACACCCGCGAAGCAGGUUACAUGGUGAAAACGAGAGAAAACCUUUUCGAGUGUGAGGCAUGCAGACAGACCGUAAUUACCAACGAAGCAGAUCUACCAAGUGAUUUUGACGCAGAUGCAUACACGAGAGCUCGAACCAAAGGUGGACUGGUGUUUGUCACCCUGUCAAUGUACCAAACUUUGUGCGCAAUUGAAAAAGUUGUCUCAAACCACUUUAAGUCACUUAAUCAUAUUUAUAUCACUGAUACAUUCCAAGAGUGUAUAGCAAAAGUUAAAUUAACCAAUGUACUGCCCCUUUUUUGUGAUACUCAUCGCCAUUGUAAUAUGGGAACUUUAAUAAUGGAGUAUGUAAAAGUGAGAUAUUAUUUUGAAUCUAAACGUUUGAAAGAUGUUUUAUUGUCCAAAGAACAAACAACAGUCCAGGCGAGUUUCAAACUGGCCAAAAAUGCCCAUACAAGAAAUUUAAUACAAAGUAAUACUUAAA